AUGUGGCAGGACGAUGAGGACAACAACCCUUAUGGGUCCUUCAACAACCAAGACUCUGCCACGGAACCCUCCAACCCAACUCUAGGAGCCUCCUACUCGGACCAACCGACCUCACCUACCUCAUACUCUACUUCCUCCAACCCGGCCUCACAGUUCCGCGAUGACGACGAUGAGGGAGAAGAUGACGAGGGACACGCGGAGAGUGGUCCUGUCCCUCCCAAAGGUGGCUAUGACAGCAGAGUGCAGCAGAUUCUUUAUGAGCAACCGGACCUGGAAAUUGUCAUAACGGACGCAGGCAAAAGCGCAGAUGGAGGGUACAUUGUGUACAAGAUUCGGACAGGAGACAUUGAGGUCGCGAGGAGAUAUUCAGAGUUCAGUUCACUGCGCGCCGCUCUGAUCAAUCUCCAUCCUACCUUGAUCAUCCCUCCGAUCCCCGAGAAACACACCAUGGCAGAUUAUGCCGCCAAACCCACAAAGGCAAAGGAAGACGUAGGCAUCAUCGACCAGCGAAAGCGUAUGCUUGCUGUAUUUUUGAACCGUUGUCGGAGAAUGAAGGAGGUGGUUGAGGACGGCGUCUGGUGGAGGUUCCUGGACCCCAACUCCAGCUGGAAUGAAGUCUUGCAUGCCCAUCCGGUCUCUUCAGUGCCGAAGAAUAAUCUGAAAGCACCACCCUUGGACCCUGCUAACCCAACUCCUGCUCACAACUGGCUACCCAUCCCUUCCUCCUCUGCCAAACUUAGGACAUAUGGAUCAACCUCGAGUACUGGAACGCCUAUAUCUCCUCCGGAUCAGACCUUCCCGUCAACUGCAUCACAUACGACACCUGGUCCUCAAGUCUUUGGACGGUUUCCCGUGACUUCCGAGAGACUGAGCGAGACGGAUCUUGAUCCCUAUUUUAUCAAUUUUGAACAGAACACCCGGGAACUCGAGAUUCUAUUGCAAGGCAGCAUCGAAAAGGUUAACCGCCGUACUAUCGAGCACUUAACCAAGCUUUCAGCGGACCUUGCAGAGUUGGGGGCCCGGUACAAUGGAUUUUCACUUUCCGAGCAGUCACCUACUGUAGCCGCAGCAAUCGAGCGGAUAGGACAAGCUGUGGACAGCACGUAUAUCUCAACCGAGGAGCUAUCGCUGAGCUUGGGAGCCACAUUUGCCGAGCCUAUGAGGGAGAGCGCCCAGUUUGCGGGGGUCGUUCGGAAUGUGCUGAAAUAUAGAGUCCUCAAACGAGUGCAGCAAGAGAUGACAAGGGAGGACUUGGAGAAGAAGCGCCACCUCUUGGAACAGCUCGAGCGUAGCGAGUCAGAGGCGAAACGGAUUGAUGCGUACCUGGCCGGUAGCACGACACUAGCAAGCCCACCACGGCGCUCAACGUCGAGUGCUUCUGCGAGGGGCCCACCAGAGAGAAGAGACGGGCAGCAUGAAGAGACCGAAUCUGUUGACUCUGACUUUCCACCCACUCAUGGCGAGCCUCCAUCAUCGCCUCCUUCGGCUGCUCAGGGACAGCCACAUCAGAAUCCAACUUCACCAACAACACACAGGAAGUCUCCCAGCGGCAACUUUGUAACCAACAAGAUAUUUGGCAGCUUCAGACAUGCAGUGAACGGCUUUGUGGACGUGGACCCAGAGAGGACGAGACGGGAUCAGAUUGGGAAAACACGAGAAAGUCUGUCUCAGCUGGAACAGGCGCUAGAAGUGUCGGAGAAGGACGUCCACGACGCAACUCAAGGAGUGAUGCGAGACCUCAAGAGGUUCCAGAAGGAGAAGGAGGACGACCUUCAGAGAUACAUGGUUUCGUAUGCGCGAUGUCAUAUCGAAUGGGCGAGGAAGAAUCUAGAAACGUGGUCGGAGGCGAGGGAUGAGGUGGACAAAAUUGUCGCGAGAUGA